CACGUGAGCAGGCGCUGCAAGAUGGCGGCGGCGGUGGAGGGGGAAAGUUGGUGGCUGUGAGCGGCGGGAGGCGGGCAAUCACCCUCCCCCGGCGCCCCCUCGCAAGGCGGAUUACAGUCUCGCCGUCGACACGGGUUCACACAUAGUCUGAACCAUGGCCACAAAUGGUACAAAUUCUGCUUCAACGAGCAACCACACAACAAAAUCGCAACUUGGGAUAAAAGUCAUUUGUGCAAAGCUCAAAGAAAAUAAGAAGAACUGGUUUGGGCCCAGUCCCUAUGUGGAAGUGGCAGUCGAUGGCCAGUCAAAGAAAACUGAGAAGCUCACCAACACACACAACCCUAAGUGGAAACAGCAUGUCACAGUGAUUGUAACACCAUUCAGCAUGAUCACAUUUAGAGUAUGGAGCCAUCAGACGCUGAAAUCAGAUGUCUUGCUGGGCUGUGCCACUCUGGACGUCUGUGAGACGUUAAAAUCUAAUAAUAUGAAAUUUGAUAAUGUGGUUAUAAAGUUACCACUCAGCAAUGACCGUGAUAUCAUGGAUGGGGGUGAGCUUAUUGUAUCUCUGGAUGGGUUAACUGUCGAUCCAGAAGUUUUGACCAAUGGAGAUUUGACAGGUGCAGCAAGCAACUCAACAAGUGAAGGUUUCCGGUGUGGUAGUGAGGCAUAUAUACUAAAUCCCUCGAGUGCAAAUGGUGAUGCAAUGUCACAAGAAGGCUCAGUGGACACUGGGCCUGCUGAUGAACACAAUAUGAAUGGCAGAAAUACUCCAUCACCGUCUCCAAAAUCAAAGCCGAUAAGGCCUCCGAGACCCGUGAGACCUCCACCUCCAGUCCCAUCCAGACCUGUCAGCAUAGCAGUCUGUGAAAAUGGGUAUUCUGUUCCUGUAGAGAAUGGGCCUUCUUCUGCUAUCAUCCCAACUGCAACGAACACCAUGCCUUCAGCUGUAGCAACAAAUUUACCAGAACCAUCUGCCAGCAUGGCACCGUCAGCUGCAUCCGUUUCUCCUGGUGACCGCACACUAAAUACAGUGAACAAGGGUCCACUUCCACCUGGCUGGGAGCAGAGGGUGGAUCAACAUGGUAGAUUGUAUUUUGUAGAUCACAUUGAGAAGCGAACAACGUGGGAACGACCACAAGCAUUACCUCCAGGCUGGGAGCGAAGGGUUGACGAGAGGCACAGGAUUUACUACGUUGACCACAUUACUAGGACCACCACGUGGCAGCGGCCCACAGUGGAGUCUGUCAGGAACUUUGAGCAAUGGCAGUCACAGAGAAAUCAGCUUCAGGGAGCCAUGCAGCAGUUCAACCAGAGAUUUAUUUAUUCGUAUCCUGAGCCAGUGGUGCCUGCUGAAUUUGACCCUCUUGGCCCAUUGCCAACUGGAUGGGAAAAGAGAACAGACAGCAAUGGCAGAAUGUACUUUGUAAACCACAUAACACGUACCACUCAGUGGGAGGAUCCAAGAACAGAGGGCAUUCUCAAUGAGAAGCCCCUGCCAGAUGGAUGGGAGAUGCGCUUUACAGUUGAUGGUGUUCCAUAUUUUGUGGAUCAUAAUAGAAGAACAACAACAUAUAUUGAUCCGCGCACUGGGAAGUCGGCACUAUCAAAUGGUCCAAACAUCGCUUACGUCCGUGAUUUCAGAUCCAAAGUCUCCUAUUUCAGGUUUUGGUGUCAGCAACUGGCUGCGCCUCAGCACAUCAAAAUAACUGUGACCAGGAAAACGUUAUUUGAGGACUCAUUUCAGCAGAUUAUGAGCUUUAAUCCUCAAGAUUUGCGACGGAGAUUAUGGAUCAUUUUCCCAGGCGAGGAAGGCUUAGAUUAUGGAGGCGUGGCAAGAGAAUGGUUCUUUCUACUUUCCCACGAAGUUUUGAACCCCAUGUAUUGCCUCUUUGAGUAUGCUGGAAAGGAAAGUUAUUGCUUGCAAAUAAACCCAGCAUCUUACAUCAACCCAGAUCAUCUGAAGUACUUCCGAUUCAUAGGUCGUUUCAUAGCCAUGGCAUUGUUUCAUGGGAAAUUCAUUGACACUGGAUUCUCUUUGCCAUUUUACAAACGGAUGCUGAGCAAACCAAUAGUAACCAAAGACUUGGAAUCUAUCGAUCCAGAAUUUUACAACUCCCUCAUUUGGAUAAGGGAGAACAACCUAGAAGAAUGUGGUCUGGAAAUGUAUUUCUCAGUUGACAAAGAAAUUUUGGGUGAAAUACAAACACAUGAACUGAAACCUGGUGGCAAUAAUAUCCUGGUGACUGAGGAAAACAAAGAGGAAUACAUUGGGCUGGUAGCUGAGUGGAGACUGUCACGUGGCGUUGAAGAGCAGACACAGGCGUUCUUGGAGGGCUUUAAUGAAGUGCUUCCUUUACACUAUCUUCAGUCGUUUGAUGCCAAAGAAUUGGAGGUGCUGCUUUGUGGAAUGCAAGAGAUAGACCUGAAUGAUUGGCAAAGAAAUGCAAUUUAUCGGAACUACACCAGAAACAGCAAACAAAUAGUCUGGUUUUGGCAGGUUGUGAAAGAAAUGGACAAUGAAAAAAGAAUGCGCCUACUGCAGUUUGUCACUGGGACAUGCCGCUUACCAGUUGGUGGUUUUGCUGAUCUCAUGGGGAGCAAUGGUCCUCAGAAAUUCUGCGUUGAAAAAGUGGGGAAGGAAAACUGGUUACCAAGAAGCCACACCUGUUUCAAUCGUUUGGAUCUGCCGCCUUACAAGAGCUUUGAGCAACUGAAGGAAAAGCUGUUGUUUGCGAUAGAAGAAACUGAAGGAUUUGGACAAGAGUAACUACCAUGUCAGAAGGGAGUUAAUGUGCUGUCUGUUAUUUUAAGGGGCUUUGUAACGAGGAAUGCAUUUCCAUUUCUUGUGCUUUCUUUCCAGUAGACAUCUGUUUAGCCAGACAUGUCAGGGCAGACUAUUUGUGUCAGAAACCCUGUGGGAAAUGGCUGUAAGGCUUUGUCUUGGCUUUGUCUCUCUAUAUUUGCAAGCUGAAAAACCUGAUAUAAUGAGGAAAUUGUACAUGUUCAAAUAGAAUUAAUGUGCUGUGAUAAACAGCUUAAACUGCAGUUUGUUCACUUGCGUUGUAUUUGAAGGAACAACCAGGCUGAUCUUACACGAACAGCAAUACAGUUGGCUGCUAUUUGUAAUUUAGUGAGCUGGUUGAUGAGGCUUUCCUAGAUCUGAUUGCAUCAUGCAGUUGAGGCUAAAGCAGGGCUAGAAAACUACCCAGGCUGAAUUGAGAAGCAAACCAUGACAGAGUAAAUCUACCCUUAAAGGGAAAGGGUUUUUUGAUUGCAAUGUAUUUAUCAUUUGCUCUCUGAUUGCAAUGUAUUUAUCAUGGUUCAUUACUGCUUCAUCACCUCCCCUACUCGCACUUCCUCCUUUUACCUCUCCAAUAACUCGUCUUUGUCACAGGAUUUAUUUAUAUUUAAUUUUAACAAGUUGCAAACAAUGUUCUGAAUUCUAAUUCAAGUGUUGCAAGGCUGAGGGUGUCCUCUCCAGAUGAGAAAUUCCUAUUGAAGCAGGUUCUCCCAUUUUGCUGAUGAUUAGUGGUUAGAGGCCAGUGUACUGUCAGUGAACAGAUGUCUGCUGUGUAUUUUUGUACCUUUUAUUGAUUUUCUUUUAAAGAUCAUUACCUGUAAAGAAACCUGCAACAAUAGUACUCAUGAUGUUAUCCUGAAUCUAAUCCACCUCCUCCCUGCAAAGGGUGGUUGGAAAGCAGAGGUCUCUGCCCUGUAUUUUAAAAUGAAUGCAAAAAAUAGCUGAGUUACAUAGCUCUAGUUUUAUAGAGCAUGACUGGGGAAUGUUUGUGGUAUUUGUGUACUGACAUACCUGAUUCUGGAACGUCUGCCCAAUAUAACAUUGGCUUCAGCUUGAGCUCCCUCCCCACCCCCGCCUCAUUCUUUUAGGUUUUGCCAGUAUAACUGGCAAGUGACUUCUCUGAGGGUGUUUUAUAGUAACCAGUCUCUCUCACGUAGCACCCAAGGUAGCAUUGGAUCAAGCAACUUUUCUACUACUUUUCCCCCCAUCUUGUUUUAGAAGACAAACUGUUAGCAGGAUACGGCACUUUGUAAGAAGGAUCUGUUUUGAAGUUUCUGAACUCUGGGAUGUGGAAGGAAAAUAUGCCCUAAAGCAGUAGCAAUCAAAGGUAACUUUUCAGAGUCCAUGUCCUCAUGUGGUUAUUUUUACGGCCAGGACUAACUGUACAGCAUUUUUACUUUUGCCUGGGAAUGUUUGCUUUUUGUGAACUUGCUGCUUUCUGGAAUCACACCAUCUCUUUACUGCUCAUCUCAUUCCUUGGAAGAUGAACUUCAAAAUGGUCCCAGCAGUUUAUUUGGGAUAUUCGUAUCGAUUGAAUUAACAAUUCCUACCUUGCCUCUGCUUCACUUCAGCAUUUUAUAGUUUCCCCUUUUCUAUUCUAAUUCCAAACAUUUCCUGUUCACCCCAGGUACAAUCGCCAUAUACCCAGGCAAAAAAAUUCAAGUGAUUUCAUCUAGAGCCUAUUAUGGAUAAAAGUGUCCCUUAACAGGGAUAAAAUGUACCUACCCCAAAAUUAUCUCUUAAGGAUUGUAUCAUUUUGUAUUCUAAAUUGUGCUAAAUAAUUUUGAGCCCAAUAAUGGUAUGAAAUCUCCACAGCAAGUUUACCAUGUCUGAUCGUCAUCUAGUGUGCUGCUGCUGUGAAGUGUGUUUGAGGUUCUGUGUGGACAAAUUUCUGCUUAGCCGUGAUGUCCUCCCGCAUCAGAUUUCCUCUGAAGAAUCACUGGUUAGACUUGCACUCUACCACCUACCAAGAAGCUGGAGGUGAUGGUUGACAAUUGGUUUAGGGAAAGGUGGAAGGAAACUGACUUGCACAAGACAGCAGUGGGAAGGAACAUGCUAUAUGUGACCAUUUUCUUCUGUGCUGCACUGUUAAAUAGAGCUGUGAUUAUUACAAGGGCUUUGGUGCAUAGUGGAGUAGUUGCAUCUCCCAAUGAUGCUUUGAGGUUUCCCAGCUGCUUAAUUUGGAAAGAUGCAAAUUACUCUAGUUUAUAAAAACAUAAAGAAGUGGUACAAGACAUGCAUCUUGUGAGAACAAAUGAGGUACAUGGUGUCUGAGGGAACUUCACUGACCAGUUAUUUAUCUCACUGGCCUGCGUUAUUCAAUUUGCAACUGAUUUGUAAAACAAAACGCAUUAUACCACUUCAGUAGAAUUGGCACCCUUUUCUCACCAUUCUCCUGCUCCAUUCUCCACAAGGUUAUAUGUAAUUGUAUUUCAUUGUAAAUUGGCAAUUCAUACAGACCAGGCAUUGCUGGGUGCAAUAACUCUGAGGGGAAGGUAGUCAAGGUCGCUGCCAACUGGCCUAAUUGCAUUGGGGCAUUAAGGGGAAAUUCAUCUGUGCCUGUGCGCAUGUGUCUUUUGAAGACCUGGCUGAACUCUGCUUUGUAUUCCAUACUCAAAAUGGUCUCUGCAUCUGCUGCCCAAGCUCAAGUGGAAAACAGUAGCUAAGGUCGAGACUGCUGGUGUGAUGGAACUUCUUCAACAAAAGACCAAGUGCUUUCAGGAUAGGACAGAAGAAUGUUGGGUUAUGGAAAUUCAGUUGUCUUACUUUUCACUAAACCAGUUCUUAAAUCAAGGUUAUAUGUGUAAUAUAUUGUGUUAACAUUGGUUACGAACUGUAUGUAUAGGAUACGAGAGGUAGUUUUUUUGUUAAAACCUGAAUGUUUUAAUGAGUUUUUGAAUUCAGUUUGAAUUUGUAACUGUGGCUCUGGCUUUAACCUUGAAACCAGCAUCCCCUAGGCUUGUUGAUAAGUGCAUGUUCAGAGAUUGUGAAGUCCCACAUUGACUGAUCCACGUUGGAGUACAUUAAUUGGCCUCUGACUGUGCUGUGGAGGGAAGAUUUGGUUUUGUUUGCUGGUUAUUGGCCAGUAAAAGUCUUUGCUGGGCAAGACAGGUGUGGACUUUGUGCCUGGAGGGCAUGACCAAGAGCAGUCUUCCCCAUUUGCUCAUAACUGCUGUAUUGGCUCAUGAUGAAUAACCACUGCUGAGAUACCUGAAGUCCCAAUGAACCAUUCCCCUGCAGGAGUUGGCACCUGAGGUUAACAUUCUCAUUUUGAAAGCAAUACAAACUCUGUGGAGCCCGCUUCAACAAACUUAACAAUUAAACAGGCUAUUGGUCUGUAGCUGUGCAAAAUUGACAGGCUGGUUUAUAGUCACCGUUCUUAAGUCCUGGACCUUGUAACCCACACUUUAGCUAGCUUGACCUAUGUGCGCCUCGCUCUGGGGCUCUGCACACUCCUACAUCGAAUGGGAAUCUCUGUGUAUUGAUUUCUCAGGCAUAGUGGAGCUUGGAUUUUCUAUGAGUGAUCGCCACCUGAUGAAGCAAAGAAACCACUCUCUGAGGCUGUGUUUCUUGUGCUGUUUUUGCAGUCCGUCAUUGGUGUAUCUAUUUCUGAGAUGCCAGUUAGCUGGGUUAAAGAUCUGUUGUUUACCAGACAAAUGUACUUAAUGUUAACAGGUGGAAUUAUUGGGGCAACUGAACAUGGCACCUUCCUUACAGGCCAGUUUUGUUGCUCCGUAGUCUUGAUUAAUAUUUAACAACCUCUGUGUAAUCUUGUGCGAUGUACUUCACAAUAAAUAGCUAGAAUACUGAGAACGCAAUAAGUAAAUGUAAGCUAAUAUUAAACAUUAAGCUCCCAUUAAAUGUGAAUAAAUAAUUGCUGGACAUUUUUGGAAUGCAUGUGCUGUGCUAGGCAGCACCUUUCCAUGAUUUUUUUUCCCUCUAUCCCUUGCCACCUGGUUGCCACAAAUAAACUGUUCCACAUAGCACAGAACAAGAAUCUUGGUGCAAUUUUUUUCUAGGCCAGCAAGCAACACAGUUUCAGAAAAGUGAGAUGUGGCAAGGUGCUUUAUUCCAGUCGGUGUUUGCCCCCCUCUCCCCUUGCCACUCCUGCUCCUUGCUGCUUUUGGGAAAAUGCCACACCUGUGUUAGCCUGACACUUCCUCUUGUCUGACACAAACUGCUUGUUAAAUCCCAGCAGUACCAUGUAUAUGUAGAUACGGUGACUUGCAGCUGAAGACUUAAACCCCAAGUAAGGGAUUUCCUGUUCCUGUUAACCAGGCUGAUCCAAUUAACAAAGUGAAAUGUUCCUUCCAUUUGACUGAGCAAACUACCAUUCACCUGAAGGACAAUUUAUUGAUGCACUAACCCCAUCAAUAACCAGUCCAUUAGGAGAUGGUACUGCUUAGUCUUCAGAGUUGUGAAGUGGAGUACAGUUUGCAAAUUCUGUUCAUGGACAGGCUUAAAUUUUAUUGAUUUAAACUUUAUUCCUGAUUAGUGGGAAGCCAUGCUUCAAUUGAAAUAAUUGCUUGGGGUUUAUUAGCAUUGUUUUAACAGUUCUAACCAGUCCAUGCAACGUGCUGUUUAAACCAAAACAGUUAUUGAAAUAAUACAGGGACCUAAUUCACCCACGAUGGCAGUGAGUUAGUUCAAUAGGUGCCCAUCAUAAACUGCUUUUCUGUAACGCUGCUGCUCAUUGUUGCUAAGGCUAUUUGGGGCAAAUAGUUUUGUUCUGUGGUGGGGGAGAAUGGAUACAGAUUUCUGGCUUGUACUUCAGUUGAACACACAGUAAAAAAAAAAGUCCCUGCUGAGCUAAAUCACAAUUCAUCCCAAACCUAGACAAUUGAAUGUAGUUUUCUCAUUCUGAUGAGUUGGUCUACAGGUGUAUAUGACAAAAUUAAACACAUAAGGAUAACUUUCAUGCCUUCACCACCCCCCUUCCUGUUAGCACAUUAGCUUGUAAAUACACAUGCUGCAGCUCUCACUUCCCCACCACCUCAACAGUAGUUUGUAAUGGGAUGCUUGGUAUAAUUGUCAGUGGCUCGCUUGCUAAAGGCAACACAUAAAUCAGUUGUGUAGAUCAGAUAAUUCCUGGCUUGUUCCGCUUUUGUUGACCUUGGGUGGCGGGGGGAUGGAUGGUAAAAAUUCCUCCUCCCCCCCCCCCCCCCCCCCCCCCAAUAUGCUUAAAAACCUAAUUGCUACCAUGUUCCACUAAGCAAGCCCUGCUGAAGGUAGUUUUGUGUGAAAGUCUGGGUGUUUGGGAAGGCUCACUUGGGCGGUGUGUUCUGUGGAAUUGUAUCCUGAUGGGACUCAGCGUCAAGCAGAGGAAGAGCAAAAAUGUGGCUGGAAUGUGUUUGAUUGGGUACCUGACAGCCUCUAGACGUGAGGAAAGCAAGAAGGGAAAUUCCUUUGUGGCUGUAUGUCCACCAUUUUGUUCAGGAAAUAACUGGAAUCUGAAGCCAAGGGUGCUGCACUUUGAUUUUAUAGUUGCGCAUCGUAAAUUUAUCCACUGUGAUAUCAAUAAGAAACCCUCUCAUCCUAUCUGUAUAAUGCAUUGUCAUCUGAUGAUGAUUUGAAGUGGUUUGGAGGCUUGACAAAGACUAGGCUCAGCUACUUAUCCAAUGGUAAUAGCCUGGAGAUUUUAAACCCUUUUUUUCUGACUUAGGGUGGCAGAAUAGAAAAAGCCAACAGGUCUGUAUCCAGCUUUCUUCCUCUGCCCCCUUGUUAUAAUCACAACCAUGCUAAAGCAGGAUGUUUAGGUAAAAUAGCAUCUAAAGGAAUUUGAAAGAUUCCCCCCAGCUCCCCACCACCCCCGAUGUGCAUUUGCAGUAAUUUGUCUGCUCAUUCUAUCUAUCAAAUAUUAGAAGUUUCUGAUGAACAAUCUAAAAUAUGCAAUGCAUCUGCACAGGUAUCAGUUCAUUUUUUUUUACUUGUUAAAUGAAAUUCAACAUUUUUCAUGUUAUGAGUGAUGACACUUGAUUUUGAAUGUAGUGUUAAAAACCAAAUAAUUAGCAACCCAGCUCCCUAUGUUUGCAGCAAAUGGUUGAAACCUUCCUUUGUCUCCACCUGUAGGGAACCAAAUUCCUUUCAGAGUUUUGCCUACUUAGCCUUCCAUAAUGUUGCAUCAACCACUCAAAUAUCCAUUGGAUAAUUGCUGUGUGAUGGUCUUUCACUCAUAUCCUCCUGUGUAAGUUUCUCAUAGUUGUAUAAAUAGCACUGAUUACUUUGAUUUGAAAUUAAAAUGUCUUGGGUCUUUUAAAUAACUAGCUUAGAAGUAUUUACAAGUAAAUUCUAAGGAAAUUUAAUAGAUGUUAUUUCUGAAUCUGCAACGUAAUUUAAAGAAAUCUGGAAAUUGUCAUUCAGAUCUUUGAGCUUUCUACAUCGUGUUAAUUUCCACUGUAUGAUAUCUAAGGAUUGUAAAUCAUGUUAAUAUUUCUGUGUUUAAUCAUUUUUGUAAAGCUGAAUUUGAUUGUUCCAGAAAUAAGUUAAGGCUAAUAUGGUAAUUCUGACCUCUUGGCACAAGCUUCUUAUCCUGUUUACCUAUGUAAAAAUAGUUAACAUUGUAUAAAAAAAAAUUAAAAGCUUCUCAACUGUAC